AUGGAGGUGUCAGACGAUUCAGUCGACGUAUUCAGACAGUACAAACUGAAACACUGUCUUGCGUCGACAAAGAAAUGUUCAGGAACUGAACGAGUGGUUAAACUGAAAAGCGACCGCAAUAAAAUCGACGAACUUCUAGGCUGCAUUAGUCAUGGUUCAGAAGUUGUCGAGAACAAUGAUGAGUUUUAUUUACAGUUUCAAAUAACGAGUACAACAGACACUCCUGGCGAAGCUGAGAGUGCAGAUCGAUCAUCAAGUUCAUAUGAGAGAUUACACACAACACACUCCUUCGAUCGUGAGGAAGUAGUGUUAGACGAUGCUAAUUCACUUUCUCCAACACCACAUCCAAUAGAUGCCAACAAAGGCCAUCGAAUAGUAGUACAUAAAAUAAACAGUGUUUCAAUGUGCAAAUGUGGUGAACAAAGUCAGGUCGAUAAACGUAAACUCUUGGAUCCUGACAAGCACGGUGUAUUUGUAAAUUCAAGAUCACCGGAAGAUAGUUAUGCAAGAGGAAAGGUACGCUAUGAUGAUCAGUGCGAAGAAAAUGAAAGUGUCUUUAUAUUCCAGGCUAGUGUGCGCAGACGAGUAGCAUGA